CAAACACGCCUUAAUUUCACUAGCGAUUGUUUGGCACAGAAUAUUAUCUGCAAAAUGGCCCAUGUAGCCUCGUCGAACUCCAUCCGCACAUUCCGGCCGCAUUUCCCCACCGCCGAAUCCCCGCCGGUGCCGUUUACCGGAGCCACUUUCCCUUUCCGUGAGAAACCCCGGAGGCAAUUCCCGGUCGUAGCAUGCCAAACCAAAUCCAACUCCUCGACUGAGAACUCCACCGUUAAGGAAAAACAGGCUGAUAGUUCAGGGACGGACGACGCCGGCGCGGCGACGAGUUCGCCUUCUGAUUCCGCUGGUCUCCCCGAAUUCCCGACUAGGAAUCUGAAUAGAAGGAUAGCAGUCGGUUCGGGGCUCUUCGGAGUUGGGCUUUUCGUUUUAGGGCGGCUGGAUUUUGGGGUUUCCCUGAAAGAUUUAUCCGCCGUUGCAUUGCCUUAUGAAGAGGCUCUCUCAAAUGGGAAGCCGACGGUGGUGGAGUUCUAUGCAGAUUGGUGUGAGGUUUGUAGAGAGUUAGCCCCAGAUGUAUACAAAGUCGAGCAGCAGUACAAGGGGCAAGUGAAUUUUGUGAUGCUGAAUGUGGACAACACGAAGUGGGAGCAAGAGCUGGAUGAGUUUGGAGUUGAGGGGAUCCCACAUUUCGCAUUCCUCGACCGAGACGGGAAUGAAGAAGGCAACGUAGUUGGGAGGCUGCCGAGGCGGUACCUUAUGGAGAAUGUCGAGGCGCUCGCUCAAGGGGAGGCGACCGUGCCUCAUGCUCGUGUGGUCGGGCAGUUCUCGAAGGCGGAAUCAAGGAAAGUUCGCCCCGUUAGUGAUCCUACAAGCCAUGGUUGAUUGAAAAUGCAGUUGCUGCUGCAUCUUUCAUUUGAAAAGAGAAGUUUGGUAAUUAACACUUUUGUUAACUUCAUGUAUACUGAAAGCCAUCUACUACUUUGAAUGGUGCCUACCCACUUGUGAAUUUGAUAGUUAAUUUAACUUGCAGUUUAUGCAGAGAAACUCCUGUUUGAAAUCGCUUAUCUAUGGUUAUUGCUGAGUUUUCUUCUUUUAGGAAGAACAGAAUCAAGGAUUGAAGUCAAU